GGAGUCGUAGUAGGAGCUGCGUGGACGCAUGUUGAGGUAGUCCCAGCGCUGCCUUUAUUGCCGUACGAAGGAGGGUGUCCAUCUGGUUCGUCUCUGUCGGAGUCAGGUUAUGGUAAGGCUGGUGGUAGGUUAAUCUGCUAAUUAUGACCUCCACCGCUGAUACCCGUAUGUAUAUCAGUACUGCUGGCAUGAGCUUUAGUGCACACAUAUUUACGUUCCUACAGAACAGCUCUGUUCAUACCACACCGUAGUGAACCUGUAGUAUAUAUAAUCUUGACCAGCGCCGACGGACGUUGACCAGCGCCGACGGUUUUCCUGCAAAGUGCGACAACUGCACGGCCGCUGGCACGCUCAUCACGCCAGCGACCUACCUCAAACCAGCACGCUGCUUGAUCAGGUGGGCUUGAGCAGGAGAGCUGCUGUAGACAUGGUUGUAGGCGAAGACCAUAGAAUAAAGGCGAAGACUGCAUCACAGUUUUCUUGAUCCGUGCUGUUUAAACAGUUUAAGCACGAAGUUACACAACGUGAAAGUGCUCGGAUUUUGUCGCUUCAAGUUUUUUUAUGGUAGCAGCUUCUAGAGCUGCCGCUUGCGUGAGGAGUACAUUUAUCAACUUGCAGCAAUUGUGAUUCUGCAUAAUCAUUCAAUGAGUGUUCUUUGCAAAAUGCUUCCAAACUAUCCUAGCUGGCAUAGAGUUUCACGUGUUAUAGUGAGAAACUCUAUGCUAGCUGGCCGCCUUCAUGUGGCAGUUACGUGCUCACGCGCAUUCGCAUUGCCAUUGUGAGAAGUCAAGUACGUCACAAUUGUCACGUGAGCACGCGUCACAACGAAAAUGGCUGAUUUGGGUCGCUGUCGUCUGCUUACGAAAGAAAUUCUGAAGAAUGAAUUGAUCAGUUCAAUUACAUAUGUUCUCGUGGACUGUGAUGGCGUCUUGUGGCAGGCAAAUAAUCCCAUCCCUGGCUCGUCGGAAGCACUAUCUUUGCUUCGAAAACUUGGUAAAAAAGUACGCUACGUGACGAACAACAGCUCGAAGUCGCGGCACGGGUACCUCAGCAAGUUACAUCAGUUGAAGUUUGAGGCGAGCCUUGACGAAAUAAUUACGGCGCCGUACUGCGUAGUGCUUUACCUGAAGCACGUGAAUUUCACCGGAAAGAUUUAUCUCGUUGGCACCUUUGGUCUUCGCGAUGAACUCACUGAAGCCGGAUUUACGACACUGCCCAUCGGCCCAGACACCACUGGUCCAGACUGGCUGAAGUUCUGUCUGGAAGAGGUGAAGAUGGAGCCCGACGUAAAAGCUGUUGUCUGUGGCUUUGAUGAGCACAUUAGCUUCAACAAGGUCAUGAGGGCUGCGACCUACCUAAAAGACAAGGACUGCCUCUUCCUCGCCACUAACACAGACGAGACAUACCCUUGCUCCAACAAGGACAUCGUUGUACCUGGCUCAGGCUCUAUGCUAGCAGCAGUCUCCACAGCUGCUAUGCGUAAGCCCAUAGUUCUUGGAAAACCAGAGCAGCACAUGGUCGAUUGCAUCAAGUACAACUGCCCUGACCUGGUGCCAGCAAAAACACUAAUGAUUGGAGACAGGCUGAACACGGACAUCCUUAUGGGUUGUCGAGCUGGCAUGAAGACGCUGCUUGUGGGCUCUGGCAUCCAUCACCUGGACGACGUGCGCAAGCUGGUGUCCGAGGGGAAGCACAAUGAACUGCCAGACUUCUUUGUGCCGAAACUAGGCGACAUUUUGGAAAUGCUGGCGUAGGCAUCCAUUUGGCCGGGUGUCAAAGAAGGCGAAACUUCGGCUGUGGAGUCUCUUAGGGGUAAUUUAUAGACGUUACACGCCGCAUACAUUCGGCGUAAACCUUGUCGUAUCAUGUGUACAUAGGGCCAGGAUUCCCCAGUGAACUUUAUUUGAAGCCUACCCCCCCCCCCCCCUCCCUCCCUCUUGAUUGUGUUGGCCUUGUUGUCCUCCACUUCUAGUGGCAGCAAGUAAAAGUAAGUUUGAGGUGUUUGAAGUUUUCUUUACUGGUGUGGAUAGUUAGUAUUUGCUGGGCGUGCACCAGAUUGUAUAAUUUGCACAAAAGUUUAAAAACUUUGCACAAAGGUUGCCUUGAACAAAGGUUACUUGGAACAAAGGUUCAAAGUAAUUCAGUGGUGCACAGUAGGUGUUAAAACAGAAUGCUUGGUAUAGUGGUGGUGGUUGUUCACCCGAGAAUUUGGCAUGAGUGCGCUCAUGACGACUUCUCCUUUUAAACUAGGGAGGUGGCAUGUGCCACCAUACUCAAGUUAACGAUCUCCACACUCCUAGCGAUUUUUUAGAUAUCUGAGCGCCAGACGUUUCCACCAUGCUGUGUGGCAGAGCUUCUUCCAAAGUGUAUCAGAUUCAAUUUCUGUCCGAGUGCAACACGUGCUAGCAGGCUUUAGAUUGAGAUGGCGUUUAUUGGCAAAACGUUGCUGAAGAUAUUGCCGAGGGUUUGUGAUCAAUAACUAUGCUAGUUAUUGGUUUUGCCUCUUCGUCGCCGUCAUUACCACUCGAACACACCUCAUAGUCAAUAUCAAAGUCCUACAAAUCAUAAACAGCUCUUGGAUUUCUGCAUCAUUUAAAGAUUGCGAGGACUUCUUGUGUCUGCUCACAAUGCUGGAAAGCAAUAGCUGUGGGCUUGGAGGUUUAAAACAGGUAAAUUUUAUCG